AUGAAUAUCCUACACUCGACGCUCUCGACUUGGCGGGACCGCCUGGCGCCAGUCUCGCGCACCUCGACCUUCCGCUCGACGGGGCAAAUCACCCCCGAGGAGUUCGUACUGGCCGGCGAUUAUCUAGUCUACAAGUUCCCCACCUGGUCUUGGGCCGAUGCCUCCAGCCCCGGAAAGCGGGUGUCCUACCUGCCUGAAGGCAAACAGUUCCUCGUCACCCGUGGGGUUCCCUGCCACCGGAGGCUGAACGACAACUUUGCCGGCGAUGCCGGCCACGAGGAUGAAAUCGUGCGGGACUUCCUUUCGGGUGGCGAGGGGGUGGAGGGCAGCCCCGCUGGCGAUGGGGACGAUGGUUGGUUGCGCACGGGCGGGGGUCGCGAUGUCAGCGCAGACCACAAUCAGCAAGGAGCCCGGAUCCGCGACGUGCGCACGGUCGACGAGUCUGGGAAUCUGGGGGAGCAGGAAGACGACGAGGAGAUCCCGGAUAUGGAGGAUGAUGAUGACGACGAGGAGGCUAUCAUCCGUGAGCCGGCUGGACAGUCGGAUACAGCACAACCACUCCGCACUUACACCCUCUACAUCACCUACUCGAACUUCUACCGCACCCCCCGUCUCUACCUUUCCGGUUAUCUCUCUCCCUCGGAGCCCCUCCCGCCACACCUGAUGAUGGAAGAUAUAGUCGGUGACUACAAAGACAAGACCGUGACGCUGGAAGACUUCCCCUGGUUCGACGGCGGCGUCAAGAUGGCCACCGUGCACCCAUGCCGACACGCCUCGGUCAUGAAGACACUGCUGGACCGCGCCGACGCCGCCCUCAAGCUGCGGCGCGAGAAGCUCAAGCAGUCGCAGUCGCAUGGAGAGGGCAGCCGAGUUCUGCGAGAGGGUGGGAAUAGCGGUCUGGAGGGUCUGGUGGAUGACACGCAGGGCUUGUCUCUCCAGGACCAGCAGCAAAAGCAGCAGCAGGCCGGUGGCGAUGAGUGGGAGAUGUUGCAGCACGACGAGGAAGAGCAGGUUGCCAUCCGGGUGGAUCAGUACUUGGUGGUGUUCCUCAAGUUCAUUGCCAGUGUGACGCCGGGUAUUGAGCAUGACUUUACCAUGGGUGUCUAG